UUAGCAAAAAACAACAAACAGAAAUUGUCCCGCAAGAUAAUAGACUGAUGGCUGAGUCGUCGGAAUGCGAAGAUAUUGAAAAUUCACCAAAAAUCGCCACUACCAAGGUUGUGUAUGAACAAGCUGACGUUUUUGUACAUACAUCAACUUCAGUAGCAAGUAAUUAUUCAGCGAAUAUAAUACGUGGACAAAUUUCUAUUAUAGUAAAGGAUGACUCAAGUUUUGUGAAUUGGAUCCCAGCAUCAACGGAAGCCUUUUGUGAAGAGUAUGAUAUAAACAAUGAUGCUGAGUGGAGCAUUGUAUCACAUAGCACCAAACCAGAGGACCAAACCCAGCAACUAGCUGACACAAAAUCUAAGACUCAAGAUAUUGUGGACAAAUACACAUUGUCCUUUGAGACAAAUAAGCUUAAUUCAAUCCGUCGAUCGGACUCAAAAUUCCACUGGCAUUAUCUGGUGUUUAUCUUGAAGGAUGGAAGAACACUUCCAGCUUUACAUUUCCAUAGUGGUGGCACAAGGGAGUUCAUUCAACAUUUAAAUAGAUAUAUAUGGUUGGCAAAGUCUCCAAACAACCCAAAAUUGUUUAUUGUUUGUAAUGAACAUGAUCAUGCUUUACGGAAAUCUUUGAACCAUCUUCAGUUGUUUGGAACUUCAGAUAGCACAGACAUUCUUUCUCGAGUCAUAGGCAAUGCCUAUGUUGAAGGUUUAGGGGCAUUCUCCAAAGUGACCAAACUUGUCCGAGAUGCAUGGUCAAAUGCCCCCGAGGCUUCCCCAAAACCAGAGAAAAAGGAAGAACACCCACCUACUACCACCAAUGAACAAAAUUAUGACAGUCUUCAAUCCCUAGAAAAUGGAUUUGAAAAUCUGUUACCUGACAUUCAGCCAGACCUUGGCCUUGCACCUGAUAUUGUACCUGGUGAGGCUAUUAGUAUGAAUGAGUGGAUGAGUUUUAUCAAUAGCGAAGGAAAGGUUGAGAACAGCCAGAGACUAAAAAAACUUAUACAUAGAGGGGGCAUAGAACAUAACCUUCGUAAAGAAUUGUGGAAAUUCUUGUUGGGAUUUUACGAUUAUGAUCAGUCCUAUAAAGAACGCAUACAGACAAGAAAGCGAAAAUGGAAUGAGUACGUUACAAUGAAACAACAAUGGCAAACUAUUACUCCUCAACAAGAAAAGAAUUUCUCGGUGUUACGAGAGCGAAAGCAUCUUGUUGAUAAAGAUGUGAUCAGAACAGAUCGUAAACAUCCUUUCUAUUGCGAUGAGCCAACAAACACUAACCCUAAGAAGCUAUAUGAUAUUCUUAUGACCUACUGUAUGUAUAAUUUUGACUUAGGUUAUGUUCAAGGAAUGAGUGAUCUGCUGUCUCCAAUUUUGUUUGUGAUGGACGACGAGGCAGAUGCGUUUUGGUGUUUUGUUGGUUUCAUGGAAAUGGUGGCAGACAACUUCGAGAUGAAUCAAGCAGCUAUACAUAAACAACUGGAUAAUCUGAAAACACUUCUGCAAUAUGUUUUCCCAAGACUCUAUCACCACUUCGAAAAAAACGAAUCAGCGAAUCUGUAUUUUUGCUUUCGUUGGCUCUUAAUCCUAUUUAAAAGAGAAUUUGUUUUUGAUGAUGUGAUGAGACUGUGGGAGAUGCUAUGGACGCAAGAUCUUUCUCCGAAUUUCCAUCUAUUUCUUUGUCUGGCUAUUUUGAAAAUGCAAAAAGACGUGAUUAUCGAACGUCAGCAUGGGUUCAAUGAAAUUCUGAAGCACAUCAACGAAUUAUCAAUGAAAAUCAACCUUGAAAAGUUGCUCAUUGAAGCAGAGAAACUAUGCGUACAGUUGAAAGACGUUCGACAUCUUCCGGAUGAAGUGAAGGAGAUAUUGACGGGCAAGCCUGUGGAAAAGAACGAGAAACGUCAUUUCCCAGGAAAACCUGUGUUGAUUAAUAACUCGACUGAACAAACAGAUAGCGGAGGCCCAUCACAUUCGGGAAACUACAGCGACGAUGAAAUCGAGGUUUUGAACGAACACACUGCUGAUACAAACAAUGAGACAAGUACAAAUCAGGAAACGGCUCAGCCUCAGGCCUCGACUCCAAAGACAAAUUCUGAAGCAAAUUCUGAAAUGUUUGUUAGUGUAGUACAAACGCAGGCUGAUGAAGAACUAGUUGUCUUAUCCACAAACGAUAAAGCCGUUUUUUAGUUUAUAAAAUUUGGGUGAAAAUUGUAUAUAACAAUUAAGAUAAUCGUACUGUGUAGUUGACAGUAAUCAACAAUGCAUGGGUUAAAUAAAGAUUUGGGCUAAUCAUAUUUUUA